AUGGAUGAAACGAACGAGGACGCACAAGCCGGCAAGCUUUCCAGUGGCGGUUUGACGCGAGUACUUCAAGGAGGUUCCGUCAUAGAAAAGGGCGCCUGUUCACUGACUUUGAUUGAACAGGGUAUCUUGACGCCCGAACGCGCCGCCACGAUACGCUCCCGACAACCCGAAAACGGUAUGAAUAUCCAAGCCGGUGACGUUUACAGUGCUGCGGCGCUCAGUAUGGUGUUGCACACGGCCAGUCCCAUGGUACCUACCUUUCGUUCUGAUAUUCGUGUCUUUCAAGUGCGAUCCUCCUCAUCGACGGAUGACGGCAACGACCCGACAAGUAUGGCGUGGUUUGGCGGAGGCGCCGAUUUGACGCCCUACUAUUUGUUCGACGCCGACAUCCGAGACUUUCACCAAAUUUACAAGGACUUGUGUGAAGCGCACACGGAUGGCAUUCCCGGCUACUCGUACACCAACAUGAAAGCAGCUUGUGACGAGUACUUUUAUUUACCCGCACGUAACGAACACCGCGGCACGGGGGGUAUCUUUUUCGACGACAUGACGGCAACUCGUGCCUCGCAAGCAUUUGUAGAGGGUGUGGCCGAUGCUUGGAUGCCUUCCUGGUUGCCCAUUGUAGAGCGACGUUCGGGAGCGUCGUAUACAACGGAGCAAAAGGAAUGGCAACUACUACGGCGCGGCCGUUACCUAGAAUUUAACCUACUGUACGACCGUGGCGUCAAAUUUGGUCUCGCUAACACAAAUCCGCGUGUCGAGGGUGUCAUGGUUUCGGCGCCUCCACGAAUCGCAUACGAGUACAAUCAUCGAAUCGAGUCGGGGUCGGCAGAAGAUGACUUGUUGAAAGUACUGAAGAAGCCCAAAACAUGGGUGUAG